CCUUUAGUGACACUGAACACAGAAAACUUCCUUUGUCACACGGGAAGGCCAGACUUUUGGAGGUUGCUCACCAGCUGGAUUAGGGGACUGGCUUACUGGAAUGAGAGGUGCACGUUUAGUGCGAUGGUUGAGGACGUCUGAUGACGUCUCGUGCUUUUUACCCGAAAUAGAUCUGUGCAUAGUUGCCAUGGUUUGAACGUGUGAGCGUCAAAUCGUACGGAGUAUGUCAAUAUUGACGCUUACUCUUGGAAACAGAAACAAAACUGCCUGGUGAUUUUUUUCCCAGUCAGCGUCGAUGAGUUUGAGGGUAUGGACGUGAAGAGAAUUUUGUGAGCUUGCGUACAGUAUACGGACCAGCGUGGUGCGUGGUUCCACACGGAUAAUGAGGAUGUAGGAUCUGAUGUGAGCGCAGAGUGAAUGUACGGUGACGACAGGUGAAUUACAAUAUCACUUUAGACGGACGGAUGGCGCAGACAAGGCAGCACAUGUCAGUGGAGAAACCGCUCUAUCUGAUGUCUUCUAGGUUUCAACGCGCCGUAAUGAACAUACAACACCGACGCGCCGGUUAGUGCAAAUUGGAACUUAUGCAUAUCGCGUGAGAAUGAGACUCAGACUCGAGACUAUCCAGUGGCGUAUUUAUGCCAUGAUUUCUAGCGAUCGGUCGACUUUGGUGUGCGUCUGCAUUCUCUGGACGGUUCUCGAUCCGUCCGUGGCCAGGAAGAUCAACCUGGGGUUGCUGUUCCCGUGGGAGGGAUCCAAUCCCGUGGGCUCCUAUGGUGGGGGUGCGGCUGCAAUAGCCGUGGACAAGGUCAACUCGGAAGGCAGACAGGAGUAUGGGGCCAUCCACGCCGCCGGGCUGGAGUUCGACUACAUCUGGAGGGACACCAACUGCGAGACCAAAGUGGGCUUGCCCGUCUUCAGCGACUUGCACUACGAAAACGAGCUGGGGGUGCCGAUCGAUGCCUACAUCGGCCCCGGCUGCAGCAUCAUCUGUGAGCCUGGGGGAAUACUGGCCGCGCACUGGGGCACGCCCGUCGUCUCCUGGGGCUGCACCUCAGACACGCUGUCACAGAAGGAGACCUACCCGACCUUCGCCCGCACCACCAGCCCCAGCAAGUUCGUGGCGCCGUUCUUCACCCGCAUCAUGCAGCACUUCGGCUACGACCGGGUGGCCAUCAUCUACUCCUCCCACCAUCUCUGGUCUCUGACGGCUCAGAAUAUCAAGACGGACCUGGAGGAGAACGGCAUCAUGGUGUCGGUGUUUGGUCAGUUCGAGCCGCUGGAGAAACUGGCUGAGGCCAAUAAGGCCAACAUUGAGAGAGAAGCUCAGAACAAGAAGAAACAGCUCGAGGAUGCAAAAGAGCGUUCAAGAGUGUUUAUCAUUAUUGCUUACGGCACAGACGUCAGGAAUUUUUUGCUAGAUGCCUUGGAUCUGGGCAUGACCGACGGGACCUAUGCUUUCUUCACAACGGAAGUCUCUCUGAACGCCAGAAACGACGUAAGCCAAACCAACGAUGGUCGUGACGACGACGCCAUCCGGGCGUUUGAAGGUCUUAUGGAUGUCAAACUGCUGAAACCCGAGACCGAUGCCUUCAAGGCGUUUGAGGAUGAAGUUCGCAACCGAACAUCCCAGAUGCCGUUCAAUUCGACUGUCUUUGUCAAUAACCCCGAUGCAGAGAUUGUAAUCGAGGCUGCCCUAUUAUACGAUGCUGUCCUCCUCUAUGCGGGUGCACUCAAUAGAAGCCUCAAUGCGGAAAAUUCGACAGAUGGCCGAACAGUCAGCAAAUAUCUCUUCACGAACAAUUUCACUGGAAUUGACGGUGAAGUCGUUAUUGAUGAGUCUGGAGAUCGACAUCCCAAUCUGAUGCUUCAGAACCUUUUUAAUGAACAGUUUACAACCGUUGCCAAUUACUUCAACAACGAACAGAAAUAUGUGGACCUCAACCGGACUAUAUACUGGCCGGGAGGAGGCUCGUCCCCGCCUGCCAACGGACCUGAAUGUGGAUGGGAUAACGUGAACUGCAUGCCGGCAUUAAGCACGAUCGAAUUAGUUUUUGUGAUCGUGGCUUCGGUCGUUACUGUAGUGGUGGCUUGUAUCGUCGCAUUCUUCGUGUACAGAAAUCGCAAAUACGAGGCUGAGUUGAGGCGGCAGGUUUGGAAGAUCAACUUUGACGACAUCGUCUUCUCCCAAGAUGAUCACAUGAGGAGGAAGUUCGGGACAAGCUAUGAAUUCAGCAUGGGAAAGUUUUCAUCACAGAUAAGCGAUCAUGCGCGCAUCAUGGACGGCAGCGCCGUAUCUUUAUUCAGCGCCAACACUUUCACCAAGGUCGGUCGUUACCAAGGUGCCUGGGUCGCCAUCAAACCGCUCAACAAGCCAUCCGUUAACAUCAACAGGGAAAUUCUCAAGGAAUUCAAACAGCUUCGGGAUCUCCAGCACACGAAUGUAAACCCAUUCCUGGGCGCAUGCGUAGAGCCUCCCAACCUCUGCAUUAUCUACAAAUACUGCAGCCGAGGCAGUCUGCAGGAUGUUCUCAACAAUGAUCACAUCAAACUGGACUACCUCUUCAAGUGGUCAUUUGCCAUGGAUGUGGCGAAAGGCCUGAAUCACCUGCAUUCCUCACCUAUCCAGUCCCACGGCAACCUACGGUCAACCAACUGCCUAGUGGACAGCCGCUGGGUCUGUAAGAUCUCGGACUUUGGCUUGGUCAAACUCAGAGAUGGGGCCGUGGACAAUCGGUUUAGCGAAGAGGCGAAAUUCGCAAGAAACCUUACGACGGCCCCUGAGCUCCUGAACCUGGAAAGGCCGCCACUGCAAGGAACUCAGAGUGGUGACUGCUAUUCAUACGGCAUACUGCUCCAGGAGAUAUUCCUCCGCGAUUCGCCGUACUGUAUGGUGGAACUAUCGGCUCGAGAUAUUAUAAAAUUGGUCAAGGCCUGCAAAGAUCCUCCGUUCAGACCAGUCAUCCCCGAGUCAGUGGACAGUCGAGUAGUGAGGCUGAUGCAGAGCUGUUGGGCUGCCGAUCCCGAGGCCAGGCCAUCUAUAGCCUCAGCCAUUAAAAAGCUUCAACAGUGUUCACAUGGCAGGAAAGGAAAUCUGAUAGAUAACAUGGUGGACAUGAUGGAGAAAUACACAGACCAGCUGGAGGAGAUGGUAGAAGAGCGGACUAAACAGCUGGAGGAGGAAAAGAAACGAACAGACGAACUUCUGUAUGAAAUAUUGCCUAGAUCUGUUGCAGAUGAGUUGAAACAGGGCAAAAGUGUAGAACCAGUCAGUUUCCCAGCAGUCACGGUGUUCUUCAGUGACAUUGUGGGAUUUACGCGGCUGGCAGCAGCAAGUUCUCCUAUGCAGGUGAUAGACUUGUUGAACAAUCUCUACACUGGAUUUGAUAGCACCAUAGAGAAUUACGACGUGUACAAGGUUGAAACCAUCGGUGAUGCGUACAUGGUGGCUAGCGGUCUGCCCGUCAGGAAUGGAGACAAACACGCCGGCGAGAUAUGCACAAUGGCCCUCGAUCUUCUCAGCUUCGUCAAGACGUUCCACAUCGCCCACAAGCCCGAGGAACAUCUGCAGCUCAGGAUUGGUGUCCACACGGGUCCCGUUGUCGCUGGUGUUGUUGGAAAGAAGAUGCCGAGAUAUUGCCUUUUCGGGGACACCGUAAACUACGCAUCUAGGAUGGAGUCUAGCGGGCUAGCUCUCCGAAUCCAUGUCAGUCCGGAGUGCAGGGACAUCCUGGAAAAAUUAGGAAAGUUUUAUCUGGAAAGGCGGGGAAGCGUACAAAUGAAGGGCAAAGGGACGAUUGAGACAUUCUUUCUUGUUGGCAAGGACGGGUUUACAAAAGAGCUGCCGAGUCUCACAACAGCGGUUGCUUUGGAGGAUCACGAGUUUAAGUAGUAUCCCAGAAUCUCUUCUCUUACCACUAUGACAUGUUCUCAGUUAAAUUACCUCUAAAAACGUAAUGUUAACAUUAUUUAUGACAUUUUGCUGGUAAUAAAUUACAUAGUUAAAACUUCUUUAUUGUUCACCGAAUAUGAAAUAAACAUCAAAACCUUGAGAAACUCCGAUAAAAAGGCAAGUUCUGACAACAAUUCAGUUCUGAAGCAAAUUUGGUUGAUACCUGCCAUCAUUUUUCAAAGCAGUUUUCCAUUCUAAAAAUGGCCAAAAUGUUUUGACAUUUAUUCCUUAUGAUAUAGUUCAAUAUCAAGUACACGUACCCUAAUAGACAGUGUAAAAAGGCGUUCAAGUAGGAUUUCAAGCUUUGUAUGGUGGAAGUUACAUGAGCACACCAUGGAAUCAAUCUCUUCAGAAGAGGUGUGGUUCUGAGAAGGACUGAUGAGUAUUAACUGAGAAGAACCGGUAAGUAUUAACCGGUGAGUUGAUACUUACUGGUUCUUCUCAGAACCUCACCUCUUCUGAAGAGACAAUUUCCAGGCUGUACCCGCAAACUUACGGCUCAGAUUGCAUUCAAUCGAAAACGUUGGUCAAAUCUUACCCAAAUCAGUCUAAUUUUUAGGUUAUUCCAGUCACACCGUUGGUUGAAACAACACUGCCCAACAUGUUUAAACCACAUUUUUCACAAAGUGAGGCUUCGUUGUGAGCGUGAGACAAAUUUGUGGGCGACUGACAUCAUUGCAGGGAUGUGAGCGAACCGAGAACAGAGCUGUAGAGACGGCUGUGUGGUUGUUUUCAUACGGAACGUGUGAAGCGGACGUUAAAGAGUUCUUGGACAGAAUUGUGGGUGGAAGGGAAAGCAGUAGUGAAACUGAUCUAUGCAUGAAAGAGGAAAACUAAAUACCAGAAAGGAGCUUUAGAAAUUUUUUUUACUGCUGUGGACUUGUUGACAACUGAAAAAAAAACGUGAGCUAAAAGAUGUGCAUUAUUUUUUCCCUUCAAAACGAACCAAUUCACAAGCGCUUAAGCGUAUCAGGGCUGUACAUCUUUUUUGUGCUCGUACGCUAGGGGCGGAAUAUACUAGGUCGCAAAAAUAACCUGGAAUGUUAUUACACUGGGCGCCUAAUCAAUAGUCAUAUACCCUGCGAUUCUAAGAAAAAAACCAACAUCAAUAACUUUUGGUGUUAACGGUAUGAAAUGAACGGCUGUGAAGCGUAACUGGUUAUCGUGAGAGUGCCAUCGGGGUGUCUGUGUCGUGUAUGGCCCAAAGGUUCUAAUGGCUGAAUGUGAUUUUCCUGCCUUUCAUUGAUUUGUAUGGACUACCGUGCCAGGAAAAUUUCACUCCUGAAAAUCCGAAGAUUUAAAGCGGUUUGUAGUGAUGCCGAAGGCAGACCACGAAGAAAAUAGAUUAAAAAAUCCUCGCAAUAUGGGCCAGGUAUCAUGUCAAGACUUUUUUCACCCCCUGAAUGAUACUUGUGUUUCUUGGUAUCUUUUGGGAAUAGGGUUAAAAUCUCUCCUUUUCCAUCUUGAAUGAAUUGCUUGUGCACAAUUUCGUUGACAUAGGGCAGUGUUGACUCGUUUCGUGUACCGGUAUAUCUUCUGACGGAAUUGACUGUUUCAAGUUUCGGCUCGCUUUACAAAAAAAGGUUUGCCUUGAAAACUUUAACAAGUUCGGCCUUUUUGCUAAAAAAGAAAGACUUUAUCCCAAUGUCCCCCGGCCACCUCGGAAAGAACAAGGCUGGUGAUGAGGACAUGAGCUUCAAAUUAUUUCCAGAAAGGGUAGCUGGCCAUUAUUUUUUAUUUUUUGCAUGUCUGUCCACCUGUUAUUGGUAACGGGUUGAUGCAAAUACAAAUUUAUGAGGCAGACAAACCACCAGCGGACCAGAGGUUAUUUAAAUCCUUAACCAACGAAGGCCUGUUUGCUUUUGGCAAAUGAUCUUUUCCCCAUUACUGUUAAGGCUUCUUGAUUAUUAAGGUUUCCUACUUAGUGCCGACAGAACAAAGGAUAGGACGUGCAAUUCUUUAACACGAUAUGUUUGCCGUUCGGUGUUGGGAUCAAAGUUUCUGUGAAUUAUAAUCUUUAAAUGUAGGCCUAGAUUCAUUAGGCAGAGGAAUUUUGACUUGUAAAUAACCAGUUCAUGUCAGCUGUGUCAAGAGAAUGUUUAUAUAUUGAAGGGAAGCAUAACUUGGGGAAAUGUUUUCGUCUCGUCUCCAUCAUGUUAGUCGUCAUCUGUGAUGUACAAUGAAAAGUUAUUUUCAUAAAACGCAACGUUUUACAAUACCUCAAUGAAAUGAA